GAUUUGUUUACCAUCUCCAGCAAGAAGUUCCUCUACGAAUUUACACAAUUAAUUCUUUUACUAGGUUUGUAUCGAGGGGAACUGCAAUGGGUUGAACAUGGACGAUCGACUUAACCAAAUGAAUGCUGUCCUUCAGGCCAUGCAGAAAACUCUCCAGUGUAAUAUAUGCUUGGACCUGCUCAAUAAACCACUAACAACUAAGUGUGGCCACUCCUUCUGUGCCGAGUGCAUCCACCAGGUGGUGAAGGGGCCUCGCAGCUCAGCUCAGUGUCCCCUGUGCCUGGCCCACAUCACUCGGCGUUCUUUAGAUCAAAAUAACAAAAUAACGAGUCUUGUAGCUGCUGUUCGAAAAAUUAUUAGCAGUAUUAAGAAAGACUGUUGCUUUGAAGUUACUCCUUCAAAGUACCGACCAAGACCUCGCCCCACAAUCACAGCCGAAGACGAUGAUUCAGAAAAUGAGGAAAACGAUGAACCGAGACGUGGGACUCGUAAAAGAGGCGUGACUGCUCAUUACAACCCAGAAGUUUACAUACCUAAACCAAGAGCCCGAUCGGCCAAACAGAGAAUUUUAACUUCUAAUGGCGGUCAAGAAUUGAGUCUUCACACAGAUGGAAAGCCUCAGACACAGAGAGCAGACGCUGGAAUCAGUGACUGUAUCGAGCGUGUGAUUGUAGAUGUUAUAUCCCAAGAACAUUCCUACUCAUCCCCCACUAAACAGGAACCUUUGGAGAGAAAAAGUUUGAUACCGUCCCUCACUCGAGGCAAGGGGGCUCGUGGUGGUGGUGUGGUGUUGCGGGGAAGGGGGAGGUUAACAGGAGGUGGUACAAGAGGAGGCCACUCAUCUCUUAUUGGAAAAUCUGCUAGAAAUAGCAGAAGGCCCAUUGCCACUUACUUGGGGAAAAAAGAAAUAAAUACCAAGACUGGGGGUGAUCUUUUGUCGGUGAGUCAACAAAUUGAAAAUACAAUAGUUUUUCCAGGGGAAUCUUUAAAUUAUACUGAGGAAUCUUCACAACAUCUUAGUGAAAAGUUGGGUCGAGAAAAACCAACAGACAAGGUUGCCAAAUGGCUUCACACCAGCAGUGAAGUCGGUUUCCGCAUUGGAGCCUCUCACUCGAGUGAUUCACUCUUAAAAUCUGAUUCAGAAUCUACUCAGUAUUAUAUACCCCCUGAAAAAGAUGUUGGAAAGGAUCUCCAAUCUUCUGCACAGACACUAAUGGAGAACAAGUCGAGCUCAGACACAUCUAUUAAAAAGUCUAUACAUACCAAUAAAGAGUCUUGUUCAUCUUCAACCCCAAAAAGUAAAGGAAGCAUAACAACCUCAUUCAUUGGAUCAAAGAAGUUUUUUAAGUCCAAGGAUGGUAAGAUCAGCCCAGUUGUUGAAUCUCAGGAUGAUGUGGAAACUCAGAUAUUUAAUCCAGCUGAAUAUAUGACUGGUACUCCAAGUGAUCCUUAUAAUUUUAUUCCCAGCCAGAGGACACCAAAGAACACAAAAAUUGCUCCAAAACGUGGCCGAGGAGUUAAAUCAAGAGCAAGAGGAGCUCUUUCCAUGACCCGCGGACGAGUAAGAGGUCGGGGCAGAGGUCAGGGCACUCCAAUCAGACCAGAAGGAUUUGAUAGGAUAGAUGACUCGAUUAUUAGUACGAGCAUGAGUGUUAAUUUAACGUACCAGAAGCAGAGUACACCCGUCACUAAAGGAGCAAAACUUAAACAGAAUGUCAACCUUAGCGUCAUUAAACCACCAAAAAUAACCAUCAAUUUCGCAGGAAAGAAACAAAUAGAUUCUGUUAUCAUGUCGAAUCAUGACGACGACGACGACGACCACCAUGACAUACCCGAUAGCUGUCCCGUUAACACAGAGAAUGAGUUUGAUGUUCUUGUGUCAGAUGUAAAAGAGAACAAAACCUGUAAUUCCAGCCAGGUUGCUGACCCUCUGUGUAACAACAUAAUAGAAGAGGACAAGGAAGCUAAUCUCAUUUUUGUAACACCUGCCGAAGGUGGCAGAGUAUCAGCAGCAGUGGAUGUAACUACCGGCACUAAGGCUGAAGUCAAGAAAGGGGGGAAAAAGCGACCUAAUGAAGAUACCGUUGGUGUAAAUGAAGGAAAUAAGAAAACCAAAAAGAAGCAAACUAUCUCAGAUGUUGAAGGUAGUUCCAGCAGCAGCAGCAGCAAUAGAUCACAAACUGCCAGGAACAAAAGGUCUAAAGCAGAAAAAGCUCAGAAGGAGGUGGAAGCUUUGUGCUCCAUGUUUGAAGAUAUUGAACAGUUUGAACUUAACACUGUGUUCACAAAAGAAGAAGAACUGAACAAACAGAAGAGAAUAAAAGAGAGAGAAAGCCUUCUAAGAGAGAAUAUUUCAUUCAUGGAACAAACUUUUGAAAAUACCCAAAUUAAUAAAACUAUCCCUUCAAAAGUUUCUAAAGGUGAGAAUGUUAUGCCUCCGCCAAAAGUGCCCACAAGAAACAGAAAGGUAAGAUUUAAUGCUAAUACCUCGGUAGAACAGAAUGAACCCCAUACAUGCCAAGAGUCAACACCUUCAGUAUCAACCAGAUCGUCUGGGAAAAUACUUACUAAUAACACCACUGGGUGUACAAGUUCCCAUAAUGUCCGUUAUGCCUCAGAAAUGAAGUCUAAAUUUAUAGACACUAAUAAAACUGUUGCUGUCUUAGUUAAUGUGAAAAAUGCCAAGUCUCCUGGCUGGUCACAUGUUGAGGGCGCCCGCAAAGAUCUGAAAAUUCGACAGACAAGCCUCAACAUAACUGGAGGUGAACAGCGGAGCAUGAAUGACUCCAGAACCGAUGGAGGAACCUGUGGGCAUUCAGUAAACACAAUAACAUCCUCACAAGAGACAGACGUGACAAUUGAUGAGGAAACUCAGCAGUUUGACGUUGAGCAUCUCUCGUCAUCUCAUAGUAAGACGGAACGAGUGAAGAAACUGAAAAAUAUCGUGUCUCAAAUGCGACUGGAGGAAGAGAAUAAAAAGGCACAGACAAAAUUAAAGAAAACUGAAAAAACGAGAGAGAUUUCUUGUAGGGAAAAUAUUGAACAUGAUAAGAAUCCACAAACAUCACAGAUUUUACAGUCAGAUAAAAACACAAAGGAUAAUAAAAUUGAUAAGCCACAGUCCACAAACCUCCCAGAGGUUCAAUGUAGUGAAACAGAACCAUUUUGUACUGAUGAACAAGUGGAAGGUAAUGUAUCAUAUAACAUCAUUUCCUCAAGGACUUCAGUAAAGUUUUCAUUACAAUCACUGUUGACAAAUAGUAAGAAAGAUGACUCCAUCCCAACAAAGUGUGAAGAUCAAAACGAUAAUUUGGUGGAAAAUGAGGAGAAAGACUCAAGUUUACCAAGUAGGAGGACAUUUUCACUGACAGCUAACACACAAGAUCUAAGUGUCUUGAACAGUGAUUGUGAGUCAGCAGGUAAACCACCGAGUGUUAAACCGCCUUGUGUUAGUUUUUCUCUCGUAGAAGAUCUUAAGGAAAUAUCGGACGUGCAGAGUAAUAGUGUCGAGCCACUCAGGAAAGUUGUGACAACCUCGGCUUCAAGUUCGACAGUUAUGAGUAAACCACGCCCACCCCACCAUGCCAUGAGCCCAAGUUCCACACCAGGUUCAUCAUCCAAGACAUUUUUAUUCCCCAAAAGUGACGACCCACUUCAAAGAAACAUGUCUUUUAAAACGUCCCAAACUUCUCCAUCAUGCUUGUCAUCAUCGAAGAAUUCCAGCACUGAUUCCCAAGUCAUCCAUGGAUCACGAUUGGUCCCAUUUAAAUCUAUGGGGUCACUCUGCUCAGAAAGGUGUGGUGUAGCAGCUGGUGAUGCCAGUCUUGUAACAUCUGCCGGAGGUCUUGGCCGUGACUUUUGUCUUCAUCAAGUCCCGUGUGAAGUUUAUCAAGUCCUCAUGAAAUAUAUGGCUCUUUUGGUCACACAGAAAGAGGAACAUGGAAAAUGUUGCAGUGGCACUGUGGUCUCCAAGACAGAGAAAGCGGUCAUGCAAACUGACUUGCAAGCAGCAGCCAACAGUUGUGGUGAUGAAGAGGGUAAUCCAAAUGAUAAGCUCACACCACAACAGUGUGAAGCAGAGGCUCAGACAUUGUCAGAAUCUGCUGCUUCUGAGAAGAAAAAUGUAGAACCUGAGAGUCACCUUCUUGAGGAAACCCAGGUAUUAUAUGGUAGUGAAAUGGUGCCGGGCAGCUGCUGUACUGAGGACAUGGAGGUAGCACUUUCAUUCCCUGUUAAUAUUGGAAUCAAAACCUGUACCAGGAAGAAUUUUCAAUCUACAAAUACUCUUACUGAGCAAGUAGCUGAAAAUAGUGAGCUGAACUUAAACAUAGAUAAGAAAGGAUCAAAUAAGAGUAAAAAAUCAACAGACACACAAACAAGGGUUGAAGAUUCAAGUAAUGGCCAAACACCAGCUCAGUCGAGCUCCCCAUCCUCAGAAAUACCACUUGACAAAUGUGCCCUGAAAAGGUUGACAAGCUACAUUGAAAGUUCAUCUGCAAAUCUAAAUCAGAACACAGAGAGCCAGCAGUCAACAAGUUUGUUGGCAGUCGCCGAUAUAAGUGAAAACAAAUUAACCCGAGCUGCCAGAAUUUCAAGUCUCUCAAGCGAAAAUGUAAAAAUGGAUGAGAAGCCAGCGGAGAGGACCGAGAGACGAACACAGGGGGCCCAGAAAACCAAAGAAAGGGGAAUGCUACCAAGGACAGUAAUAAAUGAUGAGGAACUGGUGGAGGUUGAAAAAGAAAAUCUAAAGAACACAGGUAACUUGCAGCCAACCAUCAAUAGACCAAGAAGAAAACCACUGCAGUCAGGUCAACCUGUGUUGGAAAACAUUAUGUCACAGGUUUCAAAAGAUGGAAAGAUUCCACCUAUUGAAAAGGAUGAGUUAACUCCAGUUCAAAGAUCUCAGGAGAGCCAAAAAACAGUUAACUCUCAGAACAAAGCUACUAAUAGUAAGCUUUUGUUCUCCACAGAUUCAUCAGACCGAUCAAAUACUAAAGGUAAAAAAGAUGACCUAUUAACAUUAGGCUCUGUAGAAAACAGAGAUCCAGACAACUCGGGUGAUGACAGUCCCUGUAUAGACAACUUAGAUUCAUCAAACCGGAGAUUUAAAAGGAUUCGUAUGCCAACGAACUCCGAUUCCAGUUCUGAGGAAAGUGACACAGAAGUAAUCAUGAAUCCACCAAAGCGUAAACCAAAAAUUAUCUCAACCAGCAGCAGUAACUCCUCUGCUGUCCAGAAGUCACAGAAAACCAAAUUUGAAAAACCAGAACUUUUUCCUUUGGAUUCCGAAGAGAUGCGAGACCUGGAAAGACUUGAUCAGAAUGUCUGGGAGUUUUUCGGACAUCCUGAUGAGGACCUCAUGGAUAAGAAAGAUGACGACCAAAAUUCCCACACCAGCAUUGAAGAUGUAAAUUCACAAAAAAUUAAAAGUGUGGUUGAAAGUGAUGAUGCUCCACUAACCACACUAACAAUACCCUCUGAUGAGGAGGAGAUUCCCAGCACAGCCGAAGUUUUGCGAAAUGUCAACCAAGACUUGAAUUUAAUAAAAUCAAUGCGUAAGAAUAAAAAGAAAAUAGAUCUCGAAAUAAUCACAUUGGGAUCGUCACAGGACACAUUACACUCUGCUAAUGUACCAUCUCUCUCUCUAGGCACAAAGAUGCUGUUUGCCAGAGUGAAUAAAUCUCUUUCAAAGGCAGAAGCUUUAUUAGAUGAAAAUAGCACCACAUGUAAGGACAAGAACAUUCCUUUAGAAGAACAAAAUAGUACUAAAGCAGAAGUAUCCAGAGAUAAGAAACCUGGCAAGAAGUCACCAUCUGAUAAGGCAGAUAUCCAAGAUGGGCAACCAGUGAAAAUAAUUGAGGAGUCAGAUGAGGAGCAUGAGAAUGAAGUAGACAAUGUCAGUCACAGCAGUGUGUACUCCAACCAGAGUGAAGCCAUAAGUACACAGAAGCAAAACCAGGUUAAGGACGAAGUCGAAAUGCUCAAGGCAAAAGUCCGAGAACUGGAAGCUGCCAUGAAGAAGAAGGAUGUCGUUGAAGAAGAUGAUGACCCAAAUGAUGUCCUGUCACCUACUUGUCCUCUGGCAGAUGACAGUGGUGAGGAGUCAGAAGAACUCUUCACCAGCCUUCCUGAAUUAACUGUGUCUAAUGAACCAAAGUUGCCACCAAGUAAUGAUCCGAUUAUAUCACAAAAGCCAGCAUCAAGCACAACACGAGUUAGUACCAGAGGACCUCCACAGCUGGUGUGUACUGGUUUAACCGCCUCAGAAAUGGGUAAAGUUCAAGAUCUAGUGAACAAGUUGGCUAGCCCUGGCUCAAGUGUUAAGAGGUUGUGGGAUACCAGCGUCACUCAUGUGGUAGUGAAGACUGAAUCUGGUCUCCAUGCCCAACGAACUCUUAAGUACCUAUUUGGAAUAGCUGCCGGGUGCUGGGUCAUUACCUUACAGUGGGUGCUAGAUUCACUCUCCACAAAGAAACUUCUCCCAGAGGAGGACUAUGAGGUAAUAGACUGUACAGGAGUUCCAGGACCAAACAAAGGGCGAACUAAACUCAUCCCUCUCUUCACUAACUGCGAGUUCUAUGUCAUGCCUCCGUUUGUUGAUGUUACCAUUCAACAAUUCAGGGAACUAAUAAAACUGUGUGGAGCCCAAAUAGUUGAUUCGCCUCUCAAAUUCAGUGAAAAUAAUCGAUCAAUGAAGCUCAUUAUUGUUCAGACUGAUGGCAGUCAUCAUCCUGAAGAAACUUUGAAAAAAUACGAAAAGGUUUGUGUGGCCCAUGACUGGAUCAUUGAAUGCAUUGGAAUGUAUGCUCACAUAUGCAUUUCACCUUAUAUCAUUGGUAACCCCAGCCGGAGUCAUGUGGAAGCCUCCUGCCUCCCACUUUCACUUAUGCAAGAGACCCAGGAACUCUAGUAUUGGAAGUUGGUAACAUAAUAGUUAUAGUUGGUCGCCCUUUACUCGGCAGCACGUUUAAUGGCUGGGACAUAAUCAACAAUCAGUCUGCUCUUUCCUACUACAACUCUUGCCGUGAAGAGGAUAGUAGAAAUAAAGUUUUUUCCAUUAUUAUACCAGAGGGAGGAAGCUCAAUGAUCACUUGAUAACAUACCUGUACCUCAUCUAUCUUCUUGGAUCAGCUAUGAUGGUUUUCUGGUAUCAACCUCAGUUAGUUUAUCCUGGUUAUGCCUUCCACCCAAACAGGUAGUCUCACUGUGCUAUCCUUAUAAUGGGUUUGUAGAUACUGUAAGUGCAUUUCACAAAAUUACAGGUCUCAGUUAUAGUUCGUUAACAAUCCAGUCUGGUUACAAGUGAUGAACCUAAUGGGGUCCAUCAGCCCCCACUCUUGUGCCAAGGCAUUUGUAUAUUAAAUAGAAGGUACUUUAAUCCAGUUUGUCUUUUCAUGAUGUAUGUUUCUGUGGCCCAGCCGGGUCAGCCCUGCAGUUUGAGGGAAAGUCUCUGGUAUUUUCUGAAAUGAAAUUAUAUGAAUUUGUAUUAUAGAGAUGGUUUGGGGGAGCUUGCUAAGAUCUCUGCUAUAAUAUUUAAAUGGGUCUCCAUUUAAUAUUUCCUUUUUGAAGUAUAUUAAUGUACUUGUGUUGCUUUAUAAAAACUUAAGGAACUAUUCACAGGACCUGCUGAGUGGUUGAUAGCAGAUUGGAUCAAUCACUUGGAACAAUUAGAUCAUAUUGCUUUCUCCCAAAAUAUAGAUUAUGACUAAACUUACUCUCUCCCAAAAUGUUUGACAAGAAACAGUUGGAUAAGUUAGACAGUUAUCUUUUCUCUGGGCUGCAGAUCUUUCAGGGGAGGGUUCAAGUAACAGAGUCUCUGAAGUGAGACAUUAUCCUCUCACAUUUAAUAGGUUUAACCUUCUCAGUCUUCUUAUCCUUAUUGAGGGGUUUCCCUAAGGAGUUCAAGGUCAACAUUAGGGCUGGUGUCUCUGUCAGGCCUGAAGGGAGGGAGCAGCUCUUUCUGAAUCUGUAGAUCUAUACUGAGGUUCUCCUGAAGAGGUUUGUAAUAUAUUUCUCUCCGAUGUAAAAGAUUCAAGACUUGGUGAAAACAGUUUAAAUAGUUGCUGAGAAACGUGCAGUGUACAGUCAAGUGCUAUUUAAAAUAGCAGUUUAAGACAGGAUUUUGAACUAAUUUUUACCUCGUAUAGCAGUGGUUCUUAACCUUUUUUGAGUCACAGACCCCUUUGGGAAUCUGGUGAAAGCUAUGGACCCCCUCCCUAGAAAAAUGCACAUAAGAACAUAAACACAACUUUGCA